AGAGAGAGAGAGAGAGAGAGAGAGAAGAGAAAGACGGGGGGCUAAGGAGAGACGGGGGGGUGGGUAAGGACGAAGAAACAGCGAUCUGCCGCGAACCCCAGGAGGAAAGCUGGGAGCCUGAGCCAGAACUGAAGCCCUAGCCGGAUCAGGACACAGCGAGGCGGCAGCCACCCCAGGGCUGGUCAGCCCUGCAUGAUGAGUCUCCGGUUCUUCUGCAUCCUCGCCGCGGUGGUCUCCGGAGCUUGGGGCUGGGGCUACUGUGAGUGCGUCUCGGAGACAGAUGGAUGCGAUGAGGAGCUGGUGGGGCCUCUGUAUGCGCGCUCCUUGGGCGCCUCCUCCUACUAUGGGCUCUUCACUACAGCCCGCUUUGCCCGGUUGCACGGCAUAAGUGGAUGGUCGCCCCGGAUUGGGGACCCGAAUCCCUGGCUUCAGAUAGACUUAAUGAAGAAGCAUCGCAUCCGAGCUGUGGCCACACAGGGCGCCUUUAAUUCUUGGGAUUGGGUCACACGUUACAUGCUGCUCUAUGGCGACCGUGUGGACAGCUGGACUCCGUUCUAUCAGCAAGGGCACAACGCGACAUUCUUCGGUAACGUGAAUGAGUCCGCGGUGGUGCGCCACGACCUGCACUACCAUUUCACCGCCCGCUACAUCCGCAUUGUGCCACUAGCCUGGAACCCGCGUGGCAAGAUCGGCCUGCGGCUGGGCCUCUACGGCUGUCCCUACAAGUCCGACAUACUGUAUUUCGACGGCGACGAUGCCAUCUCCUACCGCUUCCCGAGAGGGGUCAGCCAAAGUCUCUGGGAUGUGUUCGCUUUUAGUUUCAAGACCGAGGAGAAGGACGGACUGCUGCUACACGCCGAGGGCGCCCAGGGUGAUUACGUGACGCUUGAACUGCAGGGGGCGCAUCUGCUGUUGCACAUGAGCCUGGGCAGCAGCCCCAUCCAGCCAAGACCAGGUCACACGACAGUGAGCGCAGGUGGCGUCCUUAACGACCUACACUGGCACUAUGUGCGAGUGGACCGUUAUGGCAGGGAUGCAAAUCUCACCUUGGAUGGUUACGUCCAGCGCUUUGUGCUCAACGGCGACUUUGAGAGGCUGAAUCUGGACAAUGAGAUGUUCAUAGGGGGUUUGGUGGGUGCGGCGCAGAAGAACCUCGCCUAUAGGCAUAACUUCCGGGGCUGCAUGGAAAACGUGAUCUUCAACCGGGUCAACAUCGCCGACCUGGCAGUGCGGCGCCAUUCCCGGAUCACCUUUGAGGGUAAGGUGGCCUUCCGUUGCCUGGACCCGGUUCCACACCCCAUCAACUUCGGAGGCCCUCACAACUUUGUCCAAGUGCCUGGUUUCCCGCGUCGGGGACGCUUCGCAGUCUCCUUUCGAUUCCGCACCUGGGACCUCACCGGGCUGCUCCUUUUCUCCCGCCUGGGAGACGGGCUGGGUCACGUGGAGCUGAUGCUUAGUGAAGGGCAAGUCAACGUAUCCAUCGCGCAGACCGGCCGCAAGAAGCUUCAGUUUGCUGCAGGGUUCCGUCUGAAUGAUGGCUUCUGGCACGAGGUGAACUUUGUGGCACAGGAAAACCAUGCAGUCAUCAGCAUUGAUGAUGUGGAGGGGGCAGAGGUCAGGGUCUCAUACCCACUGCUGAUCCGCACAGGGACCUCAUACUUCUUUGGGGGUUGUCCCAAACCAGCCAGUCGAUGGGGCUGCCACUCCAACCAGACAGCAUUCCAUGGCUGCAUGGAGCUGCUCAAGGUGGAUGGUCAACUGGUCAACCUGACUCUCGUGGAGUUCCGCCGGCUGGGAUACUAUGCUGAGGUCCUCUUUGACACAUGUGGCAUCACGGACAGAUGCAGCCCUAAUAUGUGUGAACACGAUGGUCGCUGCUACCAAUCCUGGGAUGACUUCAUCUGCUAUUGUGAACUCACUGGCUACAAGGGAGAGACCUGUCACCAACCUUUGUAUAAGGAAUCCUGUGAAGCUUAUCGGCUCAGUGGGAAAACUUCUGGAAACUUCACCAUUGAUCCUGAUGGCAGUGGACCCUUGAAGCCAUUUGUAGUGUACUGUGAUAUCCGAGAGAACCGAGCAUGGACAGUUGUGCGACAUGACAGGUUGUGGACAACUCGAGUGACAGGGUCCAGCAUGGAGCGGCCCUUUCUGGGAGCCGUCCAGUACUGGAAUGCCUCUUGGGAGGAAGUCAGUGCACUGGCCAAUGCUUCCCAGCAUUGUGAGCAGUGGAUUGAGUUCUCCUGCUACAAUUCCCGGCUGCUCAACACUGCAGGAGGCUACCCCUACAGCUUUUGGAUUGGCCGAAAUGAGGAACAGCACUUCUACUGGGGAGGCUCUCAGCCUGGGAUCCAGCGCUGUGCCUGUGGGCUGGACCGGAGCUGUGUGGACCCUGCACUGCACUGCAACUGUGAUGCCGACCAGCCUCAGUGGAGAACGGACAAGGGACUGCUGACCUUUGUGGACCAUCUGCCUGUCACUCAGGUGGUGGUAGGGGAUACAAACCGCUCCAGUUCCGAAGCUCAGUUCUUCCUGAGGCCUCUGCGCUGUUACGGUGACCGCAAUUCCUGGAACACCAUCUCCUUCCACACUGGGGCUGCACUUCGCUUUCCCCCAAUUCAUGCCAACCACAGCCUCGACAUCUCCUUCUACUUCAGGACCUCAGCUCCCUCAGGAGUCUUUCUGGAGAACAUGGGGGGCCCUUUCUGCCAGUGGCGGCGACCUUACAUUAGAGUGGAACUCAACACAUCCCGGGAUGUGGUCUUUGCCUUUGAUGUGGGGAAUGGGGAUGAAAACCUGACUGUGCACUCAGAUGACUUUGAGUUCAACGAUGAUGAGUGGCAUUUGGUCCGGGCUGAAAUCAACGUGAAGCAGGCCCGGCUACGAGUAGAUCACCGGCCCUGGGUGUUGCGGCCCAUGCCCCUGCAGACGUACAUCUGGCUGGAGUAUGACCAGCCCCUCUAUGUUGGAUCGGCAGAGCUUAAGAGGCGCCCUUUUGUGGGCUGCUUAAGGGCCAUGCGUCUGAAUGGAGUCACUCUGAACCUGGAGGGUCGUGCCAAUGCCUCUGAGGGUACCUCCCCAAACUGCACGGGCCACUGCGUCCACCCCAGGUUCCCCUGUUUCCAUGGAGGUCGCUGCGUGGAGCGCUACAGCUACUACACCUGUGACUGUGACCUCACAGCUUUUGAUGGGCCGUACUGCAACCAUGAUAUUGGUGGAUUCUUUGAACCGGGUACCUGGAUGCGUUAUAACCUCCAGUCAGCACUUCGCUCUGCAGCCCGAGAGUUCUCUCACAUGCUAAGCCGGCCUGUGCCAGGGUAUGAGCCUGGCUAUAUUCCGGGGUAUGACACCCCUGGCUAUGUGCCUGGUUACCAUGGCCCUGGGUACCGUCUGCCUGACUACCCACGGCCUGGGCGGCCUGUGCCUGGGUACCGGGGUCCUGUCUACAACGUUACAGGAGAGGAGGUCUCCUUCAGCUUCAGCACCAGCUCUGCACCUGCAGUCCUGCUGUAUGUCAGCUCCUUUGUACGUGACUACAUGGCUGUGCUCAUCAAAGAAGAUGGGACCCUGCAGCUUCGGUAUCAGUUGGGCACCAGUCCCUAUGUGUACCAGCUAACCACCCGGCCGGUUACAGAUGGCCAGCCCCACAGCGUCAACAUUACCAGGGUCUACCGCAACCUCUUCAUCCAGGUGGAUUACUUCCCACUGACAGAACAGAAGUUCUCUCUGCUGGUGGAUAGCCAGCUGGACUCACCCAAGGCCUUGUACCUAGGGCGUGUGAUGGAGACAGGAGUCAUUGACCCAGAAAUCCAGCGCUACAACACCCCAGGUUUCUCCGGCUGCCUGUCUGGUGUUCGGUUCAACAAUGUGGCUCCUCUUAAGACUCAUUUCCGAACCCCUCGUCCCAUGACUGCUGAGCUAGCGGAGGCCAUGAGAGUUCAGGGGGAACUGUCGGAAUCUAACUGUGGAGCUAUGCCACGUCUCGUCUCUGAGGUGCCUCCGGAGCUAGAUCCCUGGUAUCUGCCCCCAGAUUUCCUGUACUAUCACGAUGAUGGAUGGGUUGCCAUUCUCUUAGGCUUCUUGGUGGCCUUCCUGUUGCUGGGGCUGGUGGGAAUGUUGGUGCUUGUCUAUCUUCAACAUCAUCGCUACAAGGGCUCCUACCACACCAACGAGCCCAAAGCCACCCACGAUUACCAUCCUGGCAGCAAAACGCCCCUACCUCCUCCUUCAGGCCCUGCCCAGGCUCCUGCCCCCACUCCAGCUCCCACCCAAGUUCCAACCCCAGCCCCAGCCCCAGCCACUGGCCCAGGCCCCAGGGACCAGAGCCUCCCCCAGAUCUUGGAGGAGUCCAGGUCGGAAUGAGUGAGGGCUUCAGGACCAAGUCUAACUCCCCUGAGUUCCCCCCAACUCCUGCCUCUCCCCUACCCUGCCAGGGACAUUUGGCUCCUCUUAGCAGGCUCUGUUCAUCUGAAGGAGUCCCCUCUCGCCAAGUUUGGUGGGCAGAGCUACAGAUGGGACCAAAGGGAGUGGCUGAGCCUCACUGCCUAAACCAAUGCCCUGCUCAUGCAUUUCCCCAGGCUCCUGGAUGGUUGCCUGCCCCACAGAAGCACCAUGGGGCUGAGAUGGGCCCUUCCUGCCAUCUCUGUCCCAGCUGCUGCCAGGGAUUAACAAACGGAGGGCAGGCGAGAUGAACUGCCUCCCUUCCUGUGUACAUUAUCAGCAGGGACAGAUGUGGGGAUCCAGGGCUGCACAGGGCAUCGGGGGAGGAGGCUGCUAAAACACCCCCCCGGGAGCCUCCCCCAUGCCCUGCUGACCUACCGUCUUCCAUCUGCUUCCCCUCAGCUGGGGGUGAGGGAGGGCUUUGUCCCUGUCCCCCACUCUACCCCCUUUUUGUUUCAGAGGCCAAGAGGCCUGUUUAGCACUUUAGUACCUCUGCUGCUUCACAUGCUUUAUCCAAAGCCAUAAAAGCCUGCAAGUAGAGAAAUUAAUGCAGACACCCUGCCUAGCAAGCCCUGUCCUCUUCUACCCUUUCCCAAGAUAUGCAAUAGCCUUUGUGCCUGUCUGCAGGCCUGGCCCCUCUCCACUGCAUGAGGAACCCUCUUUCCUCCACUCAGAGAUGCUGCUUCAUUUGCCCAGGAGGUCAUAUUCUUUAUAUAUUUUUGUUGCAAUGUCUCUCCCCAGAGAAACUCUAUAUAUUAUUCUAAUUUUUAAACUAUCUGUUUAUAUAUAAAAGAACUCACUGAGCUGUUCUGUGCUCUGCUGUGCAA